AUUCCCACGAUAGUACCGAGAGGACCCACUGAGUCUUGGAAGCCGGAGCGGACCAUGAGGAGGCCCGCGGCUUGGGAGGAAGCGGCAGGUCGGCGGUUUGAAUCCCGCAGAGACGCGUCGAGGAGCUGCUGAGACCAACUGAUUCAUGUCAUGUCAGCUGGACGCAGUGUUGACAGGAGGGAGGUGCAAGUUCCCCUCCAGCAGGUGGCACCCUCUCUUGUUCUGCCCCUGUCUGCAGCCCCUCCCAUCACCCCGCCUCCCACCCGACCAGCCAAUCCCUGGCCCCCGAGCGACUCUUCACAAGGUGUCGCUGCGGGUUUCCUGCCGCUUCAUGGUGGCUUCACGGAUCACUUUAUUGAAAGUCCUGAGGAAAAGUAUUUGUGCGAGUCCUGCAGGCUGGUCCUGUGUCAGCCUCGCCAGACCGAGUGUGGACAUCGCUUCUGUCAGAGCUGCAUCACUGACAUCCUCAGUCGUCCCAACCCUGUGUGCCCAGCUGACAUGGAGCCACUGUUCAGUAACAAGAUCUUUCGAGAUGUUUGCUGCCAUCGCGAAAUCAUGGCCCUGAAGGUUUGCUGUCGCUGUGAAAACAAAGGCUGUCAGGAGCAGAUGAGUCUGCAGCAGAUACCCGAGCACCUCACCGUGUGUCCGUUCUUUGAGGUGCCUUGUCCGCUGGGGAAAUGCAAAGAGAGAAUGAUGAGGAAAGAAAUUCCUGACCACCUGAGCUGGAAAUGCAAACACAGAGAGGCCACAUGCGACUUUUGUAUGACCAAGAUGCCGCUCACCGACCUACAGAAACAUCAAGAGACGGUGUGUCCGGCGUUCCCCGUGUCUUGCCCUAACCUCUGCUCCUUCUCCUCGCUGCCACGGCGCGAGCUGGCCAGUCACCAACACGAAUGUCCCAAAGCUCAGGUGAGCUGUCCGUUUCAUCGCUACGGCUGCUCCUACAAAGGAUUGAAUCAGGACGUCAGACAACACGAGACCACUUUUGCAGCCGAGCACCUGAAAAUGAUGCGGGUGAAUAACGUUUCCUUGGAGGGCAAGGUGGAUGAGGUCAAAGGUGAGUUGAUGGACAAGUGUAAAGUUCUACCUGUCCUCAGCACUCGUCUGUGCGAAGUGGAAAACCAGAACAACGAGCUGAGAGAGAAGAAUCGACACAUGGAGCAGAAAGUGGCCUCCAUGCAGAAGCUGAUGAGCUCUCAUUCAGAGAAGCUUUUGGAGGUGGAGCUUGAGCUUCGUUCUCUCACUUUGCUCAGAGAUGAGCUGGACAAACUCCGCCUAUCUCUGGACAAUGUCCGCAGCAGACUCAACACUGUGGAACAAGGAGGACGCUCCGGCAGUGGAACGCUUACUUUAGCCUCUCUAGAGACGCAACUGCAUCGCCAUGGCGACAUGCUGAGCGUGCACGACAUCCGACUGGCCGACAUGGACCUGCGUUUCCAGGUGCUGGAGACGGCGAGCUACAACGGGACGCUUAUCUGGAAGAUCCGUGACUACAAGAGACGGAAACAGGAAGCAGUGGCUGCAAAGACGCUGUCAUUGUAUUCACAGCCGUUCUAUACGGGAUAUUUUGGCUAUAAAAUGUGCGCACGCGUCUACCUGAACGGAGACGGCAUGGGCAAGGGGACGCACCUGUCGCUCUUCUUCGUGGUGAUGAGGGGCGAGUAUGAUGCUCUGCUGCCUUGGCCCUUCAAACAGAAGGUGACUCUCAUGCUGAUGGACCAGGGUGCGUCUCGGAAGCACCUGGGAGACGCCUUCAAGCCCGACCCAAACAGCAGCAGUUUCAGACGUCCUGCUGCAGAGAUGAACAUCGCCUCCGGAUGUCCUCUUUUCGUGUCCCAGAGUGUCCUGGAGUCUGGCAGUUACAUCAAGGACGACACCAUUUUCAUCAAGGUUACCGUGGAUACAUCCGACCUUCCUGAUCCGUGACCGUGUGACAUGUCCUUGCAACGCCUACCCGGUAGUGAUAAUUGGGGAGGAGCCUCAUCCAGCAGACAGCCAGUCCAGCAGUAGCUAACCAAUUAGAGUGUGGUGAGGACAUUGUUACUGAUGCUGUGCAUCAAGCUUCACUUCCUGUUGCGAACUUCCUGUUUACUGAGGCAUGCUGGGAAAUCGGCCGCCGCCACUGAGGAGUUGUGAAAGCACUCAAAUGUUCAUGAACGCUGUAACGAUAAAGUGCUUCUUCAAGUUGGACUCAAAAAAACAAAGCGUCCUUAGGGACGAUGAGUGGACAGAGCUUGUGCCUGAUGACGUUCCUGGAUUGACGUAAGGUUGUGACUUUGAUGGAUGUUCCUCUGUGGCCUCGGAGGUUGUACCGUUUGAAUGUUUGUCCAAAUAAUAAGGAAAUAAGAAAAACCUGUGUG